AUGGCGUCCAAGAAGAAGCACUCAGAGGGCAUCGCCUUGUUGUCCAUGUACAAUGACGAGGAAGACGACGAAAUGGAGGUCGACGACGACGAAGAAGAUGAUGCAAGAAUAGGUAUGGAAGAAGAAGCCACCGGAGAUGCGAGAUUUGCGGCGGAGGAAGAUUCUGUCAAUAGAACAGCAGUCCUGGAUUCAGGUAAGGAGGGCGCUGAUGAGGGGGCUUCAACCCCGCGGAACAACAAUUUGAUUUCGCCACCGCCUGAGAAACCUAGGAUUGGUCGGAAAGGGGCGCUUACGAUAGUGGAUUAUGGGCAUGACGAAGUUGCAAUGUCACCUGAGCCCGAGGAAGGGGAGAUAUAUGGCAGCGGUCGGGUCAUGUUUGGGGACCAGCUUCAUGUUACCAAUGGUGAUUUGCUAGAGAGAACACCAUUAGGAUCAGUCCAAGUUUUGACACCUAGCAAUCAAGCUAACACUCCCCAGUUCUCAGAGCCAUUGAAAUCUGAUACCAUGAACAAUGAUGCUGUGAUCAGAUCUGAAGACGCAGAACUGGGUGAAGCAGAUCAAGAUGAGCUAAGAUAUGUAGAUCCAUUGGAUAAGUUUAUCCCUACCCCACCAAAAGCUAAAUGCUCGGAUGAGCUACAAAGAAAAAUAAAUAAAUUCCUGGAGUACAAGAAGGCUGGAAAAAGUUUUAAUGCAGAAGUUCGUAACAGGAAGGACUAUCGUAACCCAGACUUCUUACUGCAUGCAGUGAGGUACCAAGAUAUUGAUCAGAUAGGGUCUUGCUUCAGUAAAGAUGUAUUUGACCCUCAUGGAUAUGAUCCAAGCGACUUCUAUGAUGAAAUAGAAGCUGCUAUGAGGCGUGAAGGUGAGAGGAAAGAGCAAGAAAAGAAAAAAGCACAGAAGGUUGAAUUUAUUCCAGGGGGUUCGCAGCCAGGAAUUGUAGCUAGCGCUCCUAGGAUUAGCAUGCCUGUUGCAGGUGCCUCUGCUGUGACUGGAAGUGGUUUGCCUUUGGUGCCUCCUACAGCUGAUGCUCGGGAUGGUAGACAGAAUAAAAAAUCAAAAUGGGAUAAGGUGGAUGGUGAUAGAAAAAAUCCUCUGCCCUCUGCCGGGCAGGAUUCUGUAUCUGCUAUUGGGGCUCAUGCAGCACUUUUAUCCGCUGCUAAUGCUGGUGGUGGAUACAUGCAAUUUGCGCAACAAAAACGGCGGGAGGCAGAGGAGAAAAGAUCUAGUGAAAGGAGGUUGGAGAGAAGAUCGUGA